UAUUGAUUUUCUUUCUGGUUUUGCUGAAUCAUUUUAUUAACAUAAUUGUAAUAUAGAAACCUAGAGCGCAAAAACUGCAACUUAAGCAUGAUAUUUUUCAGUCACCUUUGUUUCCACUCCACCAUUUCUAUCUCCUUCAUUUUUCUUCCCUUUUUUUUUUAAUGCUUAUUCUAUUAUUAUUCAGCUUUUAUUGUGUAGUCCAAGCUACCAUUGACUACCUCACCUGGACAGCUUGUUGGAUUUGAUUAGUCGUUUACAUCCCCAACAAGAAAAAAACAAAUAGAGAAUGCUUCAAUAACUGGGUUGGGUAUAUUUUGCAGACACUUAAUUGCUUCUGACUCAGCUGUACAUGGUAUUAUCAGAAACUAUAGCUUUUGCAUCUAUAAGACUAUAGUUCAUAUCAUCAUAUGAUCAAGCUUGCCCAGCUGUGGCAGAACAUGACCAUCUAAAUUCUUAGCUUUGGCCACCUUUAAUCGAGUCCUUUAUCAGGUGGAUUUAAUUAGACAAGAUUAUAUUAUGAAGGAAGGUGUCUGUGUUUCACUGAACCCAAGAUGGGAUUUCAAAGUUCAUGAGGCUGCACAGAGUAGUUUCAGGCAAGCUUAUCGUCUGUUCAGCUGUAUUUCUGAUAAAAAUCACAAGAGAAGCAUUCAAGAAGUAAGCUUGAUUGCUCAAGGUGCAGUCAAUGAAUUCAGAAAUUUACUUACUCUCCUUGACGGAUCAUCACAGUCGGAUCCUAAAAGGAUCAGGAAAGGUCCUUUGCUACUUUCCUAUGACAUAAACCCAGUUGAAUUGAUGGAUUGUCCUAGCUCUAUGCCCCAGAGUUCAGGUUGCAACUUGACUACGCAACCCCAUGUAAUUAGACAACUAUUCCCUCUUCAGAGUAUUCAAGCAACCAAUUCAUUUAUCCCCACUGCUAGUUUCAGCUUUGACAGGGAAAAGAGUAAGUCUAAAGCCAAUGUGGAUGUCACAAACUGUUUGAUGAUACCGAACCUCUCCUUGUCACAGCCAAGCACAUCUCUUUUAAGUUUGGAUGGAAGAGGUGACACUGGCAAGCGAUUAGUUCAUCAUUCAGCGUCUGAAACUCUGGCAUCUCGAGACUAUUACUCUAUGUUUCCGAAGAGCAAAAGUGGGAUGAUGAGUGAAAAGACUAGUACCAAGUGCCUAGCCUCAACCGGUGAAUGUCACUGUCUUAAGCGAAGGAAAUUAAGAAUCAAGAAAAUAAUUCAAGUCCCAGCUUUAAGUGGCAAAUUAGCGGAGAUACCGCCAGAUGAUUACACUUGGAGAAAGUAUGGACAGAAGCCCAUAAAAGGAUCUCCUUAUCCCAGGAGCUAUUACAAAUGCAGCAGCAUGAGGGGAUGCCCUGCAAGAAAGCAUGUGGAACGAUGUUUACAGGAUCCCACUAUGUUAGUUGUCACCUAUGAAGGAGAUCAUAAUCACUCCAAACUUUCAUUCCAAUCACCUAACUGGUUGAGUCUCACAUCAGUUGGAUAAUUCUCUUCUCGUAAAGUACUUUUUAGGAUAGAAUUUAACCCGAUACAUUUUAUCAAUAUGAUAUCAAAGUCAACCACAAAGAUAAAAUUAAGUUCAAUCAUCAUUAUUCAGGUUUAAUCUAUUAGUUAAAGCCUAUUCUACUCCUUCAAAAGUAUGCUUCUCUCUUUUAUGCAAUGAUAACUGCAAUAACAGAUAUGCAUGUGGUAAGUGUGUAUAUGCUCUUUUGUUAUUUUCCUAAUAAAUGAAUUCUAAUUUGCUUCA